GCCAAAAGCCGAAGAAGAAGCAACCUGGGCAUGCGCAGUAAAAAGUACAUUGGCAUGAUCCUGACGUCGUGGAGUCGAUAAUCACAAAGGAUCUACUUUGAGUUCCUGUCCAGUGUUGACUGGGCAAACCCGUGUGGGUUUCUGAGUGAUUAAGCCCAUCACUUUGCAAAGAUGGAUUUCCAACAUAGAGCUGGAGGGAAGACGGGGAGCGGUGGGGUGGCUUCAGCCUCUGAGAGUAACCGUGAUAGGCGAGAGCGGUUACGUCAGCUGGCCCUGGAGACCAUUGAUAUCAACAAAGACCCCUACUUUAUGAAGAAUCAUUUAGGAUCAUAUGAGUGCAAACUUUGCUUGACGCUUCAUAACAAUGAGGGCAGCUACCUGGCUCACACGCAAGGAAAGAAACAUCAGACCAACUUAGCGCGGCGAGCAGCCAAAGAGGCAAAAGAAGCUCCUGCUCAGCCAGCACCAGCAAAAGUGAAAGUUGAGGUCAAGAAGUUUGUCAAAAUUGGUCGACCAGGAUACAAAGUAACCAAACAGAGGGACCCAGAGACCGGUCAGCAGUCUUUACUUUUCCAGAUUGACUACCCAGAGAUCGCUGAAGGAAUUGGACCCAGGCAUCGUUUCAUGUCUGCUUACGAACAGCGCAUCGAGCCCCCCGAUCGUCGCUGGCAGUACCUGCUUUUGGCUGCUGAACCAUACGAGACUAUUGCCUUUAAGGUCCCCAGUAGAGAAAUUGACAAAGCAGAAAACCGCUUCUGGACCCACUGGAACAGAGAAACUAAACAGUUCUUCCUACAGUUCCACUUCAAAAUGGAGAAAGCUGUCCCCCAGUCCAGCGGACCCCCGCCUGCUGCAGGCGUGAAGCGCCCUCCUCCUCUCAUGAGUGGAGUUGGACCUCGCCCACCAAAUGAUUCCAUGCCCCCUCCCCCUCCAGGAGGGAUGCCCCCUCUCCCACCAGGUGCUCCAGGUACCCCCCAUAUGCCCCCGCAGAUGCCCCUGCCCCCCAUGCCAAUGAGGCCGCCUCCUCCUGAGAGCCUUAUAACCAAUAAUUGAUCCCCCAUCAACGUGUCAUGAUUGCUUUCUUUCAUGGUGUUUUCAUUGAUGUUUAAAGUCUACAUCUGGUAGAUUUUUAUACACUUGUUUGGUUUAUGUAAAUGUGUAGGGCAGCCCAUGUGACCACACUGUUUUGUAUAAAUGCUUAUGGAUAUGGAGCUAUGACUGAGAAUAGCUCGUAUUUUAAGAUUCUGUUUUUGUAAUUAAAUUCUUUGGAGAAAAAC